CGAGAGUUGUGCUACAUUUUGCAGAGGCUUGCUCGGAGAAUGUUCAAGGACGACCCAAUUCGGACUUCGCACAUAAUUCUGUGAUCGACAUGUGCGGACGAUCAAGAGUUGUAACUGAUGGAUCAGUGUUCUUUCUGGACCUAUUUGCAAGAGUAUUCGAGUCCCGAAUGUUUCCAAUGACGGUCAGAGCAACCAUAAAUUUCAUUUAUAGCACGUGAUCCGGUCUACUUAGGGUUUGUUGGUGGAAAUCUUUCUUGGGCACAAAAAAGCUGUGCCAAAAGUAUCACGGUAUGCUAAAAGGAAAAUUUCAGGACCCUGCCCACUCAACUGCUACAAAUCAAUCAGGCUCAGAAGCGCCAUUCUGCAAGUCUUAUAUAUUUGUAUGAUGGUGAUGGCGUGAGGAAGGCUUGCGCUGUCCAACUGUUCGUUCCGUCACUUUCUGGAAAGUUUGGAGAGUUGUGACUGAUUAUAGAGAAUGCGACCUCACACGAAAAUUGCACCUACAUGCAUAUGCAAUACCUUUACUUGGUGCAGAUAGAUGCUCUCGAGAUAUGAUACUGGCCAGACAGUGGCAAUGUCCAAUGUGGUCGUUAUUUGACAUUGAACAGGAGAUGAUUCCAAAUACGUUUCUUCUACGUAGUUCGCUCACGGCACAAAAAAAACUUUAAUACAGCUGGGGAUCUCGAUUUUCAUUUGAUCCAUCCAUUCAGUGGACAAGGGACAGCAAAACGUAUGUUCCAUGCAGUAUUUGUUGUAUGUGAAGCACGUGUAUUCCAAAUUACCAGAGUUGAUAAUGGAAGUAGUUGUGCUCGAUAAGUAGCUCAGUGAGGUCUUCAGGAGUACGUACUAUGGACAGAUCAUACUCUGCAGAUUCCGAGUUUGAGUGUAUGAAAAGCCUUCUGUAGAAGCACAGGCUACCAAAACGGAAUAGAUCUAAGGUUCAAUCCUUAGCAACUCAAUAUGGAGGACGGGGAAUACCACAGAGUGGCAACAACUUCUGACUUCGGGUUACCUUUUGUUCCAUGAAACGAACUCCGUCUACUAUUGAUAGAUAUGACUUCACGGACGUGCCUCAGUUUAUUAAACGAAGAUUGGAGUUUUUUGAGUUCAAGACGUUUUCAAGGCGGCCGCCAGUCAGUGUGGACCAUCCAAGGCAUUAGAUCUCAAGUGUGGAUCGUACGUUUCAGAUCGCGGGCAACAUCAAGAAAGAACACGAGGUUUUUCUCUUGUACACUCGAGCGCAACUCGAGAACUCUUAGAAAUUUUAUCACAAGGAUUCACUAUAAAUAUUUCACAAUGUUCAAGUUUACGACCAAGAGGAGGUCGAGUUUGGAAGCGAGGAAAGCCAUGGCUACUUCAGAAUUCGCGGGAAGUGCACCCAAGUCAGAGAUCGACAACAUCAACUCGAAGACUACAGCAAGGCUGAACGAGAGUCAGUGCAACUCCCUGAUUGACUCUGACGCGAGAAUUGCAUCCGGAUCUGCCUUUAGUGGUGCUCCAUCGGUUCCCGCAGAAGAAUAUAAAGUGCCGGCCGAACCGGAAUCCAAGAUACAAACGUCUGACAAGACACCCAUAUACUCUCAGCUCUUCGAUCCUCCUUUGUUUGUGCAUACGUCUUCUCCAAUAGCAGCACUUCGCGUGAUUCAAUGGGACGAUGAACGGCAGAUGUUUUUCAAGACCGAGAGUAACAACGAGAGUCUAAACAAAGACUUGAGGUACACUUUUGGACCCCUGCAUGAAUUGAACAUUCUGAAUCCGAAAUCGAAGGUAGAAGAAGCAUCUGAUGCCCAUGAAGGCUCUGCUCACGGCGAAGAUGGCGACGAGGAGGAAGACUCCGACGAAGCAAGAAAUAAGCUCGAGGCACAAGAAGCUCUUCUUAUGCUUGCAGGUUCCAAAGACCUUGCACGAUGUGCCUUGCUCCACUUAUGAGAUUCGGAUGAUUCUACAAACUUGGGGACUUUUUCUUUGUUUUUAUCAUAGUUUAGAAAGUUGAAGAAAGACAUUAGGGUCCUACCUUGUAGUUAAAGCCAUUAUUCUUCGACGAAAUUGUAUAAUUCAUGUGCAAGAAGCUUUCUUUAAAAUUGUCUCACGGUGAUUGGCUAAAUCUAACAUCUUGAAGGAAUUGCUUAUGGGCGACGCAGAUAAAAGAACUGAGGUAAAAUGAGAAUGUAAUUUUGAUUGCCGUAUCUACGACGCGAACUAUAUAUAAAUAUUAUUAGGAGUUGUUGAAAUUGAAGUUUAAGCUAGGCAAUGUGCUUAAGACAACUUCUUUAAAUUACAUCGAUUAGUGAAAGAUUAGUUUGAAGAGAUGUGACUGCUUAGAAUUUUUCUAAGAGAUUGCGACCUCACGAGAUUUGCACCUACAUGCAGAGGCAAUACCUUUUCUUGGUGCAGAUACAUGCUCUCGAGAUAUGAUAUUUGCCAGACAGUGGCAUACAACGAGUUUCCAUGGUAAAAGUCACAUGUGGUCGUUAUCUGACAUUGAACAGGAGGUGGUUCUAAAUACGUUUCUUCUACGUAGUUCGCUCACG